UUUAAUCCCGCGGAGCUUCGCGUCUACUCGCCUUAUUACGGUUAAGCCCUGAGGGAGGACGCGCUCGGCUCGGCUCCAGUGCGUAAAGCGGCGUGUGGCACCUUUGUUAUAGCUCAUUCAACGUGAUGUCUUUCCGCGCUGUUUCCAAAGAGGCACUGGUGGGAUCCAUCACACUGGGAGUUGUGUUUGCUGCCGGUUACUUCCUGGGGAAAAGGAGACCUUUCAGAAUGAGCAUCUCCAAAAGUCACAGCGGGGGAAAGGACAACCCACUGCUGCAGUAUGUCCUCAAUCACUCCAUGAGGGAGCAUCCAGCCCUAAAAAACCUCCGGCUGAGGACAAUGGAGGACUCUGGGAACAUCAUGAUGGUCGCCUGUGAGCAGUCACAGUUUAUGGCCAAUAUGGCAAAACUAAUAAAGACCAAGAAGGCAUUAGAGAUCGGAGUAUACACAGGUUACAACACACUCAGCAUAGCACUGACUCUGCCUGAUGAUGGAGUUAUGGUGGCGUGUGACAUCAGUGAAGAUUACACCAACAUUGGAAAAAAAUUCUGGAAAGAGGCUGGAGUCGAGAAGAAGAUUGAUCUGCGUAUACAGCCGGCCGUGAAAACUCUAGAUGAACUCCUUGACGCUGGACAGGCUGAGACAUUUGACUUUGUCUUCAUCGAUGCCGACAAAGUUAGCUAUGACACCUACUAUGAGAAGUCCCUGCAGCUGUUGAGGAAAGGAGGCAUCAUCGCCAUCGACAAUGUGCUUUGGGGCGGGAAGGUCGUGAAUCCGUCUCCUGAUGACGCAGACACUGUGGCCAUCGACAAGCUGAACAAGAAGUUGCACAGAGAUACUCGCGUCAGCCUCAGUAUGCUCACAGUGGGAGACGGGCUCACACUAGCCAUCAAACUAUAGGAUAGUUCUCUGAUAUGCUCAGUAAUUUAUAGGCUUUAGGAAGUAGGAGACACAAGGAGACAGAGUGAGAUGUCUGCUGAAUCACACUCAUGUGUUGUCUGGGCUCGUGCUACUCGAAGUUGAUCACUAAACCCUGUAUUUUUUAUUUCAAUCAGUAUUAUUGCAAGACCAUGUUCAGCGGACGUGGAUGAAUUUGAUUAAAAAAAUAAUAAACCCCA